AUGGUCAGCAAAGACUUCCUUCACCUAUCCAAUACCACCCACGCUCGAGAUUGGUGGAACGGUGAGGCGCACACUCGCGACCUGCAGCUCCAGCAUCACAACGCCGUGACCCAAAUCCACCACACCCGCCAAGGCUACUUCUUCACUAUAUGGCUGGACAGCUUUGUAGAGAUACUUAGGCUGCUCCCUAUGCGAGCCCAUCGCAAGAAGUACAACGACUUCCUUGCUCGACGCGUCCUCGAGGACUUCUUGCCACAGGAGCUGUGUGCUGAUGUCGCGGACUUACUCAAGCCGGAGACAAAGCAGGGUAGGGGAUCGUCCGAGUCAUGGAAAUUGUGGGAGGAGAUUGAGGCUCGACUCGGCAUUCGCUGUGCUGGUAUCGGCAAGGAGAUAGGGCCGCUAUGUGAUUGGUCCCACUGGGAAGAAAUUGUCUUUAUUGAGAUAUUGCUCCCCCGCAACGAUCGCCCGGAACCAGUCUCCUGCGUUGGCCGGUUCAGUAAGGGUGAGCACUGGUACUGGUCAUAUGGUCUCCUGCCCACAGUUUUGGACCACGACAUCAUUCCGACUGAGAAAUCCUGCGAUUGCUCUCUGUGCAAAACUGAGACUGAUGAGGAAUGGACUCGACAAGUGGACAACGCUGCCACACCAGAAGACCCUGGACUUGCCGUAUUGCCAUUCUCACAGCCUGAGACUAUGGUACAACAACUCCACAAACCCCUCCGAAGUGUUGAAGAUAGCAGUGCGGCCACGGGGAAGUUCAAGAAAAUUCUUCCAAAACUGGAGGAGAUUGGACUAGACCUGACGUACGACUAUGUCGACAUUUUCAAGAUGAAGGACUUGAAUAAGUACAAACCGUGGAUCAUGGAGAUCAGCGCAGUCUUCCAGCACGGUCCCACCGAAGAGAUUGAGCGGAUCAAUACGUAUUCGGAGAAGAUGAAAGCUUAA